AUGCAUGCAGUGCAGGGUAGUUUGCGACGUGUUAGCGAGUUUGUGGUCGUCAAUAACGCGAGUCAUGGCAAGCAGAUUGUGAAUGACCAAGCCAUUACGUGUCAUUCAGACCAUGACCACAUCACUGGAGCUGCUUCAAAGUUUGGAGAUUAUAUUGCCAGGCUCUCGAGGAAAUUAGCCCGAAAGAAAGAAGCUGCUGGAGGGGUCCAGACCACCACCGAAUCGAAGGCCACUGCGGGGACCCGCCCUUCAGCUGAUAAGCCAAUGACACCAGCCCUCACUGGGACACGGUGGGUAUCUGGCUGA